CGCCGAUAACAUAAUUUGUGUCAGUCUUGUUCCAUUUAAUCUCUUUAAAUAUACAUUUUGCUUUUCAUUAAAUAAUUAACGUUGUAGAUAUGUAAGUAAUCUACGAUUUUACAAUUUAUAAACAGUCUCGGAAAUAUAGGUCAAUGGUUUCUGCAAAUAUAACAAUCCUACACAGAAACUACUAAGUAAAUAUCAAGUUUAGUGCAGUUUGUUUUGAAAUUUCUUGCUACAACAGUUCGCAAUUUUGAGAAGGUAUAUUUUUUUCAAUAACAAUGUUUUUUCAAUUGUAUUGGCAAUAUUUCGCUGCUGGGCUAGUUAUUUGGGUUAUUAUAAGGAUUGGAUAUGCUAUAUUCAAUGGAAAAAACAGAGCUAAUAAAUUAGCGGAAAAAGAUAUUAUGGAAAAAAGUCGUGAAGAAAAAAUUGUAGAUAGUAAUGAUUCGGAAUCUGAAGAACAUAAUGACGAUAUAUUACCAGCACUACCAAAGGACCUUAACCACAUUCCUCUUCUUUUCAGCAAACUGGGAGAAGAAGAGUCUUUAAAUAGAGCAGAGGAAUUCUAUAAGCUCAUGAAUAGAAGACGCACUGUUCGCCAUUUUACUAGACAGAAUGUCCCUAAAGAAAUAAUAUAUAAUAUCAUUAAAACGGCAGGCACUGCACCCAGUGGGGCUCAUACUGAACCAUGGACUUACGUUGUCGUAAGUUCUUCAAACAUUAAACAAAAAAUUAGAGAAAUAAUCGAGGAGGAAGAAGAAAUCAACUACAAGAAACGAAUGGGCAAAGUGUGGACCACGGAUUUGAAACCGUUGAAAACCAACUGGGUAAAGGAAUAUCUCACCGAUGCACCCUAUUUAAUUUUGGUGUUUAAACAACUGUACAGUAUUCGUCCGGAUGGAAAUAAGAAAAUGCACUACUAUAAUGAACAAAGUGUUUCUUUGUCAGCCGGUAUUCUUUUGGCUGCAAUUCAGUAUGCUGGUCUAGUUUCUCUAACUUCAACUCCAUUGAACUGCGGUCCAGCUCUUAGAACCUUACUGGAUCGUCCUAAAUCUGAAAAAUUAACUCUGUUGCUACCAGUAGGAUACCCAGCAGAAGAUUGUCUAGUACCAGAUCUACACAGGAAGUCGUUAGAAGAUAUUAUGGUAGAAUUUUAAAUGUAAUAACUAUUUUUUACUAUUCUGUUUUAAUUAAGGUUUUUAAUCAAGUAAUAUUUCUAGAUUGAUAUUUUUUGAAUAUAUUUACUAAUAUACAGGGUGGCGCACCUCAUUCGCCUCGGUUGAU